AUGUACUAUGUGUUGGGAGAUCCGACAACAAAGCCAAAGGGAUAUGAUCCAAUGACAGAAGCUGUGCUACUGUGGGAAAGAGACAAAUCUCCUACAAAGACAAGAUACAAUCUCUCCCCAUUUGCAAUCUCUCUUAAUGAGAUAACUCCUAGGAUGUUGGACAAAAUGCCUCCAACAGAUUCAAGAUUGAGACCAGACCAAAGACACUUAGAAAACGGCGAGUAUGAAUCAGUAAACGCCGAGAAACUGAGACUCGAACAGUUGCAGAGACAGGCAAGGAGGCUGCAGGAGAAAGGAUGGAAACCGAGAUGGUUCGAAAAGGAUGAAGAAGGGAAUUAUAGGUACGUAGGAGGUUACUGGGAAGCAAGAGAGAAGAGAGAUUGGGAUACAAUCACUGACAUUUUCAAGAAGCAGCAGCAACAACAGCGUAACACUCUUUCAUCUUCAUCUACAUUUCUUUAA